ACAUUUCUGUAUAGCUCACGAAAUCCUGAUGCAGAAUUCCUGUGAGAUCUUUGUUAUGAUUUUUCAGGGAUUGCUCCACGCGUUGUGGGAAGAGCUACAGAUCUGAAGAUUAAUGUGAGCUUUUGAAAUGUGACGCCUCAGUCUUGUCUGUACGGUUCAGAUGGAUCUCUGUGCAGUUCUGUCUCAGUGAUUGGUAAAGUUCAGGAUAAAGGUGAAGCUUUCGAGAGAUGCGCUGGUCGAGAAUCUCUUUUGCGAUGGCCGUAUCUGUGAUGUUGGUGCUGAUGGCAUUUGGUUGGGUGGAUUCUUCCUCACUGCAUUUCAAUGAUGGCCUUCAGCUUCCCUCCACUGAUCCGGCGUGUCACCUGAUGCUGAAGCACAUGCAUAACAGCGCUCGCGUCUCCAUCCAGAUGCCACCGAACAUUCAGGGCCACUGGGUCUCUACCAGCUGUGAGGUUCGGCCCGGUCCAGAGUUCAUCACGCGCUCGUACCGAUUCUUCCUCAACAACUCAUUUCAGACGCACCAGUUCUACUACGCCGACAAUCACUGCACGCGCCCAACAUACACGCUGGUGACGCGCGGCCGCUUGCGUCUCCGCCAAGCAUCGUGGAUCGUGCGUGGCGGCACCGAAGCCGAUUAUCAGAUCCACCGCACCCAGGUGGUCUGUCACUCAGCGGCCGUGGCCAGAGAGCUCAGUGAAAGGCUGAAGCGCAGCUCCGGGGACUUGAGGAAAUUUGACACAUGGAUGCCGAACGUGAGUUACGAUCUAUGGCGCGAGGAUGGCAGCCUGAACGUUGCCAUGCACGAGCUGCAGUUAUUGCGCGUGGAGAAGCGCUACCUGAACCGGAAUCCGGAUCAUCUGGUGGAGGAGCUUUACCUGGGUGACAUACACACAGAACCAGAGGAAAGGAGGUUUUACCGACCCUCCAGUUACCAGCCCGCACUGCAGAACACCAAGAAUCACGAGCACAGCUGCUUGGACUGCCGCCUCAUCAGCCGUUCGGAUGAAUUUCACCCUCCUGUUCUCCCUCUGCAGCCAGACCUCGCGGUACAUCUGCACGGCCACUGGGUCUCUCAGCGCUGUGAAGUCCGGCCGGAGGUUCUCUUUCUCACCCGACACUUUAUAUUCCACGACAAUAACAACACAUGGGAAGGAAAUUAUCAUCACUAUUCUGACCCGCUCUGCAAACACCCCACGUUCAGCAUUUACGCCAGAGGCCGAUACAGCGGUGGACAUCUGUCUCUACGUGUCAUGGGUGCCACAGAGUUUGUAUUUGAAGUUAAUCACAUGCGAGUUACCCCCAUGGACGUCACAACAACAUCACUUCUCAACAACUUUAACAGGGACGAGUGCGGCACUCGGGGCUCCUGGCAGGUGGGCGUGGUUCAGGACGUCACUCCAACCAAUGGCUGCGCAGCGCUGGGCAUCCGCCUUCCACACACAGAGCACGAGCUCUUUCGGAUGGAGCAGGACAUUCACGGACGACUCGUGCUCUACAACGGACAGCGGCCCAGCGACGGCUCCAGUCCGGACCGUCCGGAGAAGAGGGCGACCUCCUAUCAAAUGCCGCUGCUCCGGUGUUCUGCCGGUGCACCCGUCAGCCUGGGAAACGAUGCUGCGUGCCGUCGUUACCAUGGCAACCUGGCAACAAUCGUAGCGCUUGUGGCCUCGAGCGUGUUUACAAGUUUCUUUUGCUGAUGGACUGAGACAGAAUGACGCAUAAACACUACUGAAGUUAACCGAACGCACUUUUCUGUGCGCCCUACCUGCGAGAGCCGACAUCUGAUGCAGAACUCACUUGCUGUGUGACGCGCAUGAUCACAUAUUGAUCAGCGGCAAAUCAACACAGCAGAAACUGUGCGCUUUGUCAGAAAAAAUCUGUCAUUGGCUCUGUUCGAAAGCAAAGGUAGCUGACUUGUUGCCUCGCGGCCUCAUGAGGCAAUGACUUCGGAGGCAUGAAAGCAGCUCUGAGAAACACAUUCGGACAGCCUUCAUAGGCAGCGUAAUGCAAUUCUGUUUGAAAUAUAAACAGAGAAUGCCUUUGUGAUAACUAAUCCCAUAUUGGAAAACUACAACACUAAUUUCUUGCUAAAAGGUGUAAAAGUGUAAAAAGUAAAAGUUAUUUACACUAAAUUUGUGUUCUAGCCGCUUCUUGGCCAGGCUCAACCAAACACAUUCUCCGUGCACACCCACACAUAGAAUUUUGGGACAGGACAAUGAAGGUAUCCCAGGAGACGGGAAGUAAACCUAACAUUGGAUUCGGAUGUGCCUUGGAAUGAAGGCAUCAAGGCUUUCGGACACAGCCAUUGUUUCCUCCACCUUAUGUCAGAGUGACUGUCAAGCUCCAAAAUAUGACUGAUAAAUAAUAAAAUGGGGUGGUAUCACAAAACAGUUUAUACAAUUGACUACCAGCCCUGAUGGUCAUUCAACAUUUACACAUUUGUGGACAUAAUCAGCAGAUUUGAGAGGACAUGAGGGCAGAUACAUGACAAAAUUGUGUUUUUGUUCUGUGGAUGUUUAUUUAUGUACAGAUGUGUUUGAGAUGACAAAGUGACUUGUUUAAGGGCUCCAUUGAGAAUAAAGGUAGUUAAUAAACUGUAGAUGAACACUGCUGAGUUAAAGUGAUAGUUCACCAAAUAAUGAGAAUCUGCUGGUAAUUUACUCACCAUUAAAACUGAAAAGAUGUUAGGUGACAUUUGUGACCUUGUCUGUAAAAACCCAGCUGUGCGAUUUACUGUCUCCUAAGUCAUCGUACAUAAUGUGAAAGACAUUCUGUAAAAAUAUAACCUUGCUAUCUUUAAUAUUGACUAAGGUCAUGUCAAAGAUCGAAAUCAAACUUUGAUGCAUCUCGUCAUUAGAUUAUGAGACUUUAGUCUAGAUUUCACUGGCAGGGAGACAAUUUUCUCUUCAGUUAAGAAUUUAGGAUGAAAGCCUGGUCUUGGGGAUUUAUUAAAAACAAGUCGUCAGGUCAUGUCAGUUUGUCAAAAAAAGAAGAAACAGGCAACACAAAUUUAUCACAAUGAGUAAGUUAACCGCUAAUGUUCAUUACUAAGUAAACUAUCACUUUAAACCUUUCACAUGGUUUUAUUUUUCACUGAAGGUAAUAUGUGCUGUGAGUCGUAUCAGGCUUAUCAAAGUGGACAGUAGUGUUGUAGUUCUCAAGACCGUCUCAAGAUGACUUUUUAAGGUCUUGGUCUCGUCUUGGAAUCGACCGCAUUUUUACUCGGUCUCAGACAAAGAGGACUCGUAAUUUUGUUUCAAGACCGGUCAAGACUACAACUGAUGGCACAUCACAACUUUAUUUUUUAUCAUUUUAUGCAGUUUAUUCAGGUUUGGCAUAUGAUGCUGGCAUUGUUUAAGCAUUGUUUAAGUUUCUCCCAAUGAUAAUUUUUCUAAUUUUAUUACUAAAAACACCUACAUUGUGUUAAGUGGAUGGCAAGCCAUGGAAAGACAGUUCAGAAUAAAUGGUUAAGUUGAU